GAUGCCCACUGUGCACGUAGACCAUAUGGUCUUCCAGAAAAGUUGAAGAAAACGAUUUUGGGCUACUCGCGACAUUCACUUACGGGACGACUUAUAGGAACUUAAAUGGAUGAAGGCGAAUGCAACCUUUAUAACACUAACGGGAUAAAAACGACAUGUGAACUUUCGUCAGCACCACAGUGCUCUCAAGAGAAAAGGAAACAGCGCAGUGUUCUAAGGAUAUCCUAGCCUGGCUGUGCCUUAGUAAUAGCAGCGGCUUCCCGUUAUUGGGCUGCCCCCUGCAGGAAAUAUUGAACAGUUCUGAAAGAUGAACAACACGAUCUAUCUUCAUUAUAACUACACAGGGAAACUUGACAACCGCAAUAAAAGCAGCAGUGGCACUAUAGAUGCUAAAACUGUGGUAUUCCUAAUCAUAUGCUGCUGCAUUGUCCUAGAGAAUGUGAUGGUGCUGGCGGCAAUAUGGAAAAACCACAAAUUCCACAACCGCAUGUAUUUCUUCAUUGGGAAUCUGGCACUCUGUGACUUGCUGGCUGGAGUGGCCUAUACAGUAAACUUAUUCAUGUCAGGUGAGAGAACACUCAGUCUGUCUCCACCUGCUUGGUUCGUUCGCGAAGGAAGUGUGUUUGUGGCAUUAGCCGCCUCCACUUUCAGUUUACUAGCGAUUGCCAUUGAAAGACACAUGACCAUGAUUAAAAUGAGGCCUUAUGAUGCAAAUAAAAAAUACAGAGUGUUUUUACUCAUUGGCACUUGUUGGCUGAUUGCCAUUUCGUUGGGAGCUUUGCCAAUCCUUGGAUGGAACUGUUUGGACAAUCUGCCCGACUGUUCCACUGUCUUACCUCUUUAUUCAAAACAGUAUGUGGCCUUCUGUAUCACCAUCUUCAUUGCUCUGUUGCUUGCCAUCGCCAUACUGUAUGCUCGUAUUUAUAUACUGGUGAAGUCCAGCAGCAGCAAGGUCACCAAGCAUAGCAAUUCAGAGCAUUCCAUGGCCCUGCUUCGGACGGUCGUCAUCGUCGUAGGAGUCUUCAUUGCCUGCUGGACACCCAUAUUUGUUCUGCUGCUCAUUGACGUGGCAUGCAAACACAAACAGUGCUUGGUUCUCUUCAAGGCUGAUUGGUUCCUUGCCCUAGCUGUGCUCAAUUCCGCCAUGAACCCAAUCAUCUACACUCUGGCCAGCAAGGAGAUGCGUCGUGCAUUCUUUGGCCUGGUUUGCAGUUGCCUGGUCAGGACCAAGGUUGUUCGACCCACCUUUGAAAACAGCAGGAGCAAAUCCAGCAGCAUCCACUGUCAGAGGCCAGUGGACAAAGAGAACCUGGAGGCUGCAGUGCCAUCUUCAUCUCAAAAGCUAACAUCCCUGACUGGUGCAGAAUGUUGACCGGAGGGUGGAGAACGCCACGGCUGAACCACAGGAAGUGGAAAUCAGGGGCACUCUGUAAUGUUACGUCUGUACAAGCACUUCUCUUUUUCCUUGAUACUUUUUCUUAAUGAAACAAACAGAAGAAAAAUAUUGUAGCAAUCUCUUCCCUGAAGCAUACACAGUGUUCCUUUAAAUAUAUAGUAUAAGAACUGCAUGCUAUGAAGUAUAAAUUGCCCACACAUUAAAAUGGUAAUGGUCGCAACUUUGUUAUUAUGUAAUAUAUUUAUUUAUUCAUACUGUGAUUUUUUAUACUUCAAUAUUUUUUUAUCGUACCAACAUGUUUCAUAUGUAUAUAUAUAUAUAUAUAUAUAUAUAUAUAUAUAUAUAUGUACAUACACAGUGAUCACCAUAUUUCUUUCUUUCGUUUUUAAUUUGGCUCUGUACUCCACAAUUUUGCACAUUCUCAGCUUUUAUUUAAGGACAUUUUUAUACAUUUUGGUUUUGCCAUGUAGAAAUUACUGUACUUUUUUAUAAUAGUCAUCCCAUUUCAGGGCGUCAUGAUGUUUGGGAGAAAUUGCGUCGAAAUGGCGUCACAGGUGUUUCUGAUUAGUCAGGUGUGUUCAGUUGCUUCCUUAGUGCAGGUAUAAGAGAGCUUUCAGUAUCAAGUUUUGAUUCUAGCCUUUUGAUUGCCUUUGGAGUCUGUUAUUGUCAUUGGCAUGUACUCUCCUCCGAGGCACGUCAAGUCAGCACUGCUUCUUAAGGCUAUGCAGUGCACAAGUUGAGCUAUCACAGAUUUGAGUCAGAGGAAGACACUUCAUAUACUGCACAGCAGUACCAGCACAUUUGCAGGGGCCCAGUUGACCCGCUGGGGUAUCUAAAUCAUUAAAACAUGGUCAACUUGAAACCAUCCUAUUCCUGGGUGAUGCUAAAGCCAAUUGGAAUUGUGAAAUUGGUGGCCACAGUCAUGCUCGAGCACCGGAUAUGAAUGAAGACGUAAUGGCACAGACAAGCACUGGAACAGUUCCUUAGCAGCUGCCAUACCAUUUAUUUUGUAUUAUCAGUAUUGUAUAUGGCAGGAGUUUCCCAAACAUGUUUUCUUUUGCAUAACCCCUCAGCCUAUGUUGUGUGAAUCCCUGACGAAAAAGCUUGUUUUUAUUUCAUGAUAAUUUGGAGACAUAAUCAUAACAAUAUUACUUACUCACUAUUCUGAUUGGUUCUGAUUGGUUGUUUGGUGCAACAGAAGUGGAUGAAUUUUGGAGAAACGGAUGAUAUUUUAAUU